AAGUAAAUCACAGCGUACAAAAAGUGUAUUUAAAGUACCAAAUUUUAUGAAAUCUGAUGCUGGAAAAUCUGUUCUUAAAAUAAAAGAACAAAUUAAAAAUGAAAAGGAAUUGAAUUUGGUGCAGUUAAAUUUAGAAAGAUUACACAAAUUAGAUAAAACUAGUUGUGUAAAUAACAUCGCAUCUAACUUGAUCAAGCAGCGUUUAGUUAAUUUGUCAUCUGAAAUACCAAAUUCCAAAAAAGAAGAAAGUACAGUAUUUACCGAUGAAGAUUUUGAGAAAUUUGAACGUGAAUAUUUUCAAAACUAAUGGAUGAUUUCAUACUAGGAAAAGUUAUCAUAGUCAUAGUGCUAACUAUAUUUGCUUAUUUUACUUGUUGGCUAUUCAUACCACCAUUUGCUGAUUCAGAAUCAUUCAUUUAUCAAUUAUUUCCAUCCAUUUAUAAUGCUCUGGUAAUUCCAGUUUCAAUUGGUGUGUUCUUCAUAAUUAGUCUUAUAAUCUAUACUUGUGUUGCUAUCAAUUGUUAAAUUAUGGCUAAACGAUUAGUUAUUGUAAUCGCAGGAGUCACAUGUGGGGGCAAAACUACUAUUGCCAAUCGUCUUACAAACAUAUUUAACAAUAUUUCAAUAUUACAUCAAGAUGAUUUUUAUUAUACUAAAUAUGAAGACCAUUUGGAAAGUAUUCCAGAACUUAAUUACCAUGCAUGGGAUAAAAUUAGUGCCUAUAAUAUGAAUAAAAUGAUGAUUGCAAUUGAUUCUCAAACUUCUGACAUUUUAGUUCUUGAAGGAAUUCUUUUACUUGAUGAUAUUAGAAUUUUGAAUUUGGCUGAUUUAAUAUUUUUUACUGUAUUGGAUAAGGAAAUUUGUUGGGAUAGACGUGUAGCUAGAACAUAUUUACCUCCUGAACCACCUGGAUAUUUUGACAAGUAUGCAUGGCCUGAGUAUGAAAAACAUUUAGAAAUGAUAAAAAAAAAAAAAAUGUUAUAUUUUUAAAAGGGGUUGACAGUAUUGAUUUUAACACAUCUGUUGUUGUUAAUCAUAUAAAUGAAUUAAUAUUAAAAAAUAAUUGAUAUUUAUUUGAUAAUAAGUUAUUUUCAGUUUGUAUUUCAUAUUAUAGUUAAAAUUUGAAGUUUAACUUUAAUCAAAUAUUGUUUAUGUAC